CUCUACUCGACGUGACCCGGUGCAUCUUUCUGAGCUUCGCACCACUCGGGGCCGCCUCCCAGUGGUGGUUGUGAGGAACAAAUAGGGCUGGGCACACAGUAGGCGCUCAGAAAAGGCACCUCGCGCGGACGCCGCGGCAGCUCCCUUCUCGCCUGUGCGUCCGCACGACCGCCGCCCCGCGUCCCCACACCCCCCUCCGGCCACGCUUGGCCGCUGGCAGGCGGGGCCGACCGCACUCGGAGCCGGAGCCAGAGCCCGCGGAGAGCCGCCGCCCGCGGCGCUCGGUCAGCCUCCUGGACACCGGAGUGGGGCGCCAAGCCGCCACCGCCGCAGAUUUGGAAAAGGCCAAUUCUAAACCACAGAUAUACAAGAAGGCCAUUUUCUCAAACAAGAGUCACCGUUGAACGAAAUUACCAUGGUUGACACAGAGAUGCCAUUUUGGCCCACCAACUUUGGAAUCAGCUCCGUGGAUCUUUCUGUAAUGGAUGACCACUCCCAUGCCUUUGACAUCAAGCCCUUCACCACCGUUGAUUUCUCCAGCAUUUCUGCUCCACACUAUGAAGACAUUCCUUUUGCAAGAGCUGACCCAAUGGUUGCUGAUUAUAAGUAUGACCUGAAGCUCCAAGAGUACCAAAGUGCAAUCAAAGUGGAGCCUGCAUCCCCACCUUAUUAUUCUGAAAAGACGCAGCUGUAUAAUAAGACUCAUGAAGAGCCUACCAACUCCCUCAUGGCAAUUGAAUGCCGUGUCUGUGGAGAUAAAGCUUCUGGGUUUCACUAUGGAGUACAUGCUUGUGAAGGGUGCAAGGGUUUCUUCCGGAGAACAAUCAGAUUGAAGCUUAUUUAUGAUAGGUGUGAUCUUAACUGUCGGAUCCACAAAAAAAGUAGAAAUAAAUGUCAGUACUGUCGGUUUCAGAAAUGCCUUGCUGUGGGGAUGUCUCAUAAUGCCAUCAGGUUUGGGCGGAUGCCACAGGCGGAGAAGGAGAAGCUGCUGGCAGAGAUCUCCAGUGAUAUUGACCAGCUGAACCCAGAAUCUGCUGACCUCCGGGCCCUGGCAAAACAUUUGUAUGACUCAUACAUAAAGUCCUUCCCGCUGACCAAAGCAAAGGCGAGGGCCAUCUUGACAGGAAAGACAACAGAUAAAUCACCAUUUGUUAUCUAUGACAUGAAUUCCUUAAUGAUGGGAGAAGAUAAAAUUAAGUUCAAACACAUCACCCCUUUGCAGGAGCAAAGCAAAGAGGUGGCCAUCCGCAUAUUUCAGGGGUGUCAGUUUCGCUCAGUGGAAGCUGUGCAAGAGAUCACAGAAUAUGCCAAAAGUAUUCCUGGUUUUGUAAACCUUGACUUGAAUGACCAAGUAACUCUCCUAAAAUACGGCGUCCAUGAGAUCAUUUACACGAUGUUGGCUUCCUUGAUGAAUAAAGAUGGGGUUCUCAUAUCAGAGGGCCAAGGAUUCAUGACAAGGGAAUUUCUGAAGAGCUUGAGAAAGCCCUUCGGUGACUUUAUGGAGCCCAAGUUUGAGUUUGCUGUGAAGUUCAAUGCACUGGAAUUAGAUGACAGCGACUUGGCAAUAUUUAUAGCUGUCAUUAUUCUCAGCGGAGAUCGCCCAGGUUUGCUGAAUGUGAAGCCCAUUGAGGACAUACAAGACAACUUGCUGCAAGCCUUGGAGCUCCAGCUGAAGCUGAACCACCCUGAGUCCUCUCAGCUCUUUGCCAAGCUGCUCCAGAAAAUGACAGACCUCAGACAAAUUGUAACAGAACAUGUGCAGCUAUUGCAAGUAAUAAAGAAAACAGAGACAGACAUGAGUCUUCACCCACUCCUACAGGAAAUAUACAAGGACUUGUAUUAGCAGAGAAGUCCUAAUUCACUGACAAUGUUCCCCUUCUUCCAAUUGCACUAUUAUUUUGAGGGAAGAUCUGACAUCUAAAAAAUUUACUGUGAAAAAGCAUUUUAAAAAGAAAAGUUUUAGAAUAAUAGAUCUAUUUUAUGCAUAUUGUUUAUAAAGAUACAUUUACAAUUUACUUUUAAUAUUAAAAAUUACCACAUUAAGAAAUUGGUGGAUGUAUUUGAAGACCGAGUCUGAUGUGUUCCCCACCUCCCUACAGUGCUGGCUUUUUUCUUUCAUUUUCUUCUCAAUCUUAUAACCUCUUUCUUCCUUCCCUCCCUCCCUCCCUCUUUGCCUUUCUUCUUUCCUUUAUUUUUCUUUCUUAUACAUUUUUUAAAAUGUGAAUGGAAUUUCCAAUCAGCUUUCACUCUCAGUAAAUUAAUUUUUUACUCAAUUUACAACUUUUUCAAACCCUCCAUCUGUUUUAACAGUCAUACCUAAGACAGGAAGGGGAACUUCAGGGCCCAAAAAACUGCCCAGAGCAUGUGUUUCUUAACCCGGAUGUGUUAAUUUGGAGCAUAUCCUUAGGCCUAUCAAGAAUCCAGUCUUCUUCCACAAUCCCAACCAAGAUUUUCACUCACCAAGAGCAGCCUGCUAACAGGAUACCAAGGCAUACAUAAAUACCUAUUGGCAAGUUAUGAACUAUUAGAAACUGUGAGUAACACAGAAGGGUUUAAAAUUUGGCACCUACCAAAAAGAACUUACAAUUGAGUUCGGGAGAAAGGAUUAAUCUUUCAUAAAAACAGAUUAUAACGCACAGUCAACCAUCUG